ACGACUUCUUGUCUCGUCUGUCCACGUCAAUGUCCACGUAGCAACAAACUUUCUAAACCACCCAGCUAUGCUUAUAUAGCCAAGGCAAUUGCUCAAUGACCACUCCUCCUUCAACCCUUCCAGCAUCAAAUCCUUUGCUGACAGCCAGAUCGCUCGUCCUCCUCCAACUGCUUUCCCGAAUCCUCACCUUCACCCUCAAUCAGUCCCUUUUGCGCUUGGCCUCGCCCUCCGUGUUCGGUACUGCUGCCAUCCAAUUUGACCUUGUAUGCUCCAGCAUCCUAUUUUUGUCACGAGAAGGUAUUCGCAAUGCUCUUUUGCGAAAAAGUGAUGUCGAGGUUGAGCCGAAAAGUCAGGCGCAGAUUCAUGCCUUGUCAAUAGCUCCUCUUCAACUGGGCAUGGUCGUAGCGCCCCUCAUUACUGGACUGUAUCUGUGGUCAUCCUCUCAAAGCACCACAUCGCAGCAAGGAUUCCAUCUGUCAUUGAUUCUCUAUGUGGCCUCGGCUCUUAUAGAGCUCUCAAUAGAGCCAUGCUAUAUUCAAGUUCAUCGGUCGUCACCGCCCAAGAUCAACGUCAGAGUUCAGGCCGAAGGAGGAAUGGCUAUUGUAAAAGCGAUCGUCACGGUAACCAGCCUAGUAGGUCUAGGAGAGGGAAGAGCUUUGAUCAGCUUUGCCUUGGGCCAGGUGGCCGGAGCUAUUUGGUUAGCGGUAUUGUAUAUCAAGGAAUUUGACUGGAAUGUGAAGAGCCUCGUAUCGGCGCAGAAAGUAGCGGGGCAACCCAGAUUUGACGCAGAUACGCUAUCCCUAGCUGUUGCAAACACCGGACAGAGUCUCAUCAAACAUGUUUUGACUGAAGCCGACAGACUCGCUGUUGCGCGUAUAAGUCCGCUUGAUGAUCAAGGAGGCUAUGCUGUCGCUAUGAACUAUGGUUCUUUGAUUGCUCGUAUCGUUUUUCAACCAUUCGAAGAGUCUCUUCUUCUGUAUUAUUCCAACUCUCUCUCAUCUGCGGCCACCCUUCCAUUGUUCACCUUUACCAUCCGCCUUUCUCUGUACCUUUCUACUAUCAUUCAAGCUUUCGUUCCUCCUUUGUUCCCAGCCAUCUCAUCUCUCCUACUUCCUCGUCAAUACCGUGACACGUCUGCUUCAUCAAUCCUCAGUCUAUAUUUGAAGCUGUAUAUUCCAUGUCUAAGCCUCAAUGGUGUUGCCGAAGCUUUCCACACCGCCAGUGCCGACCCGGGAGAAGUCAAGCGACAAGUACGAUGGAUGGUAGCUAGUUCGGGAGUGUUUGCCGGCACUUUGUUUGUGCUAACCCAUCUGCCGCCGCACUACAUAUCUACAAACGGUGGUUCCUACCAACUCCUUACACCCAACACAGAAGAAUGUCUCGUCUUAGCAUCAUGUGCCGCCAUGGUCAUUCGUAUCGUGUACGCUCUUUGUCACGCUAAGCGGUGUUUCUUACUUCGGAAGCCCAAUUUAAGAUGGUUGAGUCUGUUGCCGAGCGUAAAGAUCAUGAGUUGGGCUUGUCUGGUCAGGGUCGUCCUCGGUCUCUUGGCGGCGUCUGGUAGAUGGGAGAGGGGUUGGAAAGAAUGGGCUGAGCUGAUAGGUGUUGGAGGUUUAAUGGGCCUUGCAACAUUGGGUUUCAUCGCUCAAGCUGAAGUCGGGCAUAUGAAAGAUUUGAGAAAGGUGAUGAAAGCUGAGAAAUCAGAGUAAAUAUCAAUAUUUUACAACACCACAUUAUCCAGGAGGAGGGGUAUCAGCGAAGAUAUGCCUUCCUUCUUGACACCGAUCACGACAUGCAGAUCCAACUAAGAUUCCUCAGGUAGCGCUUAUAGUUGAAAUCGCUGUCCUCUGUAUAUUGCCACUUAAUGAGUACUUGAGCAAGAAUGCGUGUAUUAUAACAGAAACAAUGGAAGACAUUAAAAUAAAAGAUAAAAAAAGGACUGA